CUCCCAGAGCUCAGGGCAGACUCUGAAGGCAGACGUAUCCUCCCUCAGACACCAGGCAGAUCCAGGAUGGGGAGUCCAGUGCACCGAGUAUCACUGGGGGACACCUGGAGCAGGCAAGUGCACCCUGACAUAGACAGCGAAAGGUGCACACCACCCUUCAGUGUGGAGCGGCUCACCAACAUCCUUGAUGGAGGCGUCCAGAACACUGUGCUGAGGAGGAAAGUUGAAAGCAUUCUCCAAGGUGAUCCAAUAUUCAACUUGAAGGACCAUUACUUCAUGACCCAGGAUGAGCAAUACGAGGCUGCAGUUCAAAAGAGAUUCCACCUUGAGAUGCUAGCCCGGCACCUGGGCUGGUCAGAAGGCAGUCCUGAACGCAACUAUGCUGACAGAGCACUUUCUGGAUAUGUCAACUUAAGCUUACAUGGUAUUGCCAUGACUGCGCUCAGAAGCCUGGGCUCAGAUGAGCAGAUUGCUAAGUGGGGCCAACUCGGCAAAAACUUCCAAAUCAUUGCAACAUAUGCCCAGACAGAGCUGGGACAUGGGACAAACCUGAGGGGCCUGGAAACCGAAGCCACCUAUGAUGCAGCCACCCAGGAGUUUGUGAUACACAGCCCUACAUUGACUGCCACCAAGUGGUGGCCUGGGGACUUGGGACGGUCAGUCACCCACACUAUAGUCCUUGCUCAGCUGAUCUGCUCAGGAGCCCAACAUGGCAUGCAUGCCUUCAUUGUGCCCAUCCGGAGCCUACAGGACCACACCCCACUGCCAGGAAUCACAGUUGGGGACAUAGGGCCCAAGAUGGGCUUGGAACACAUAGACAAUGGUUUCCUGCAGUUGAACCAUGUGAGGGUUCCCAGAGAGAACAUGCUGAGUCGCUUUGCAGAGGUCUUGCCUGAUGGAACCUACCGGAGGCUCGGGACAGCACAGAGUAAUUAUCUAGCCAUGUUGGUGACACGGGUAUGGCUUCUGUUUAGAGGAUUCCUACCCUACCUCCAGAAGUCUUGUGUCAUUGCUGUGCGAUACUCAGUCAUACGCCACCAGUCCUAUCUUCGGCCAAGUGACCCAGAGGCGAAAAUCCUGGACUACCAGACCCAGCAGCAGAAACUCCUUCCUCAGCUUGCCAUGAGUUAUGCCUUUCAUUUCCUGGCCACCAGCCUCUUAGAAUUCUUCCAUAGCUCCUACAAUGCCAUUCUGAACAAAGACUUCAGCCUCCUGCCUGAGCUCCACGCACUGAGCUCUGGUAUGAAGGCCAUGAUUUCAGACUUCUGUGCCCAGGGGGCAGAGAUAUGUCGAAGGGCCUGUGGUGGUCACGGCUACUCAAAACUGAGCGGGCUGCCGACAUUGGUCACUCAAGUGACAGCCUCUUGUACCUAUGAGGGUGAGAACACAGUGCUCUACCUGCAAGUGGCCAGGUUUCUGAUGAAGAACUACCUGCAGGCUCAGGUGCCCCCAGGCUCCACACCACAGAAGCCUCUCCCUAUGUCUGUCAUGUAUCUUGCCACACCAGGGCCAGUCAGGUGCACAGCUCAGACAGCAGCCGACUUCCUCUGCCCAGAUCUCUAUACCACAGCCUGGGCACAUGUGCCUGCCAGGCUCAUAAAGGAUGCGGUACAUCAUACACAGACCCUCAUGAGAUCCGGGGUUGACAAGCAUGAUGCCUGGAACCAGACCACUGUCAUACACCUUCAGGCUGCUAAGGCUCACUGCUACUACAUCACUGUGAAGAGUUUUAAGGAAGCUGUGGAGAAACUAGACAAGGAACCAGCAAUUCAGCAGGUGCUCCAACGCCUCUGUGACCUCUAUGCCUUACAUGGUAUUCUGACUAACUCAGGUGACUUCCUUCAUGAUGGCUUCCUGUCUGGGGCCCAAGUGGACAUGGCCAGAACAGCCUUUCUCAACCUGCUUCCCUUGAUCCGGAAGGAUGCGAUCUUGUUAACUGAUGCUUUUGACUUCACGGAUCAUUGUUUAAAUUCAGCGCUUGGCUGUUAUGAUGGACAUGUCUACGAACGUCUGUUUGAGUGGGCUAAGUCUUCACCAGCCAAUACUCAGGAGAAUCCUGCCUAUAAGAAAUACAUCCGGCCCCUGCUACAAAGCUGGAGACCCAAGCUGUGAAAAGUCCACAGUAUUUACGAUCAAGAAGCACCAUGGUGGUACUAUAGCAUAUAGUAAAGAAUUAAAGCUAAAGCAAAGGGUGGAAUGACUAGUUCAACUCGCUUAGUAAGAUGGUAUGUGAACGAAUGUUCAUAUUAUUCUACGUUUGAGUAUAUUUGAAAUUACCCUUUGUACAUUUGUGGCAUGCAUUUGGUUAAAUGCUGGAACCUCCCUUUAAAUACAGCAAAAGCCAAUAAACUCAUUAGUUACA